GCUUUCGAUCUUGGAAAUCACUUUCACUUUAGUUUGUUGGUUUAUAAGUAGCAUUAUAGAUAGUUUUAAUAGGCUAAACUUCCACAUAUGUUUAAUCACCUGUCAGACUGAAUUGAACUUGAUGUGGAUAUAUCAUCUCUACUUUUUUGAUUGUUUAAUUUUGUAGUUUUUAGUUCUCUUCACUCGGCUAUCCAGAAACUUGCUUGUUUGUGCAUCUCUCUUGAUGAAUUCUGCUUAUAAAAAGGACGGUCUCAUCACUAGGUACCAGACUAACUUAGAGAGACGAAUUGAGAAGGGAGAUCGAAGUUUAGUAUGCAGGGAUGAGGAUUUUUGUAAGGAAGUCGAAAUGCUCCUUCACAGUGGCAGUGCCCGGAAGAUACACAAUCUGCAUGGAUUGGAUUCACUGGCAGUGAUGGAAAAAUCUCUUCCUGCAUUUCCCUCUAAAACUGGCCAAAUGCGCCUCGAGAAACUUUCCAAGGCCUUUGAAGUGCUGGAGCUUGCGGCAUUAAACCUCUACAUCUACCCCUGGAGAAGAGAGUACAGACAGGUGAAGAUGUUUUCAGGUAUGUUCACCCAUUUGAUCAAACCUGCACUGACACUUCAGCAGGCCAAAGAGCUGUUUGGUUUGCUUGGAUACAAGGCUUCAAGUCCUAAUGAAGAAGAAGAGUUGGCUCUGAACUCCAAACUCGUUCCUUCUGAAUAUUUACUCAGUCUUGCUUGUGGCUUCUUUGCUGCCCGGAUGGAGUGCCAGCUGCUGCUUUCGGCCUUGGGCUCUGUCGACAGAGAUGUGGAGUGGGUUCUACAGCUAGUCAAGGAGAGGCAGGGGGGCCAGAGUCUUCAAGUGGCCUUGGAGAACACCAAGAGAAAGUCAGAUCCUGCUAGUGUUUCAGAAGCCAUCCUGGCAGGUGACAUGGACGCUGAGGUGGAUCUGUACACGGAGCAGGCGGAUGCUUCUCACAUGACAUCCGCUUCUGGUUCGCCUUCUCACGCUUCUUAUAUGACACGGAAAGAGACUGAUCUAAGCAAGCCUUUGCAGAAAGAUCCCCCACUGUCGAAAAUGGGAAAUAAUGACGAUGCAAGGCAGGGAGGACCACUCAACAGUCCAGGUCCAAUGAAAAGCUUUGCUGAAGAUCGAUCUGAAAGUGAUGUCCAAAGACAUGCAGCGGCAAACGUUAUAUGCAGCUGUAUCAAGCAAGAUUCGGCAUAUAUAUUGAAGUGUGAACAGUGCCAAAAUGUUCACACUAUCUUGUGUCCCCAAUAUAAAGAGUGCAAAUUAAGAGGACAUACUUUAGCACUGUGCCCAUAUAAAGCUGACGAGAUUUAUUCCUCUCAAGAUCAUCUUAGAUUGUCCAAGGAAAAAUCUAAAGAUUGCCUGAAGCAACAUUUUUGUAUGGAGGGUUCUACUUCUGAUUCGUUUUUGGUGUGCUAUGACUGCCAGUUGAUCCAUGACCACAACUGUCAUUUUAUUAAAAUGUGCAGUUUAAAACACACCGUGCGGCCAACAGGAAAAUUACAGCCCCCUCAAGAAGAGGUUAAUACCCAUAAGAGGCACAAAUGUCUUUCUUCUGCACAUCAUCAGCAGCACUCCCAGGAAACAAGUGCUUCGGAGACAACUUGUGCUCCAAUGUCGUAUCACGAACAUUGCUGGAAGAGUAACCUAACUUUGCCAGAAGUCUUAUGCCUCACUUGUAAAGUCUUUCAUUUCUCUGGGUGUCCUGUUCGAUGGCAAUGCUCUCAAGAACACCGCAUUAAAAUAGUUGAUAUAUUCUGCAUCAGUUGCUUGAGCCAUGAACUUAGCACCUUAUGCAGAUAUUGUGGUGCCGUGUAUUGCAAACUGUGUUGCUUUAAAAAUACCAUGAUUUGUAAGUGUGGAAAGCCUUUCCUCAACCCAACUUCUGUUUAAGAUGACUGCAUGUCAGCCUUACCAUAUGUGGCUGAAGACACUGUUUUUAAUCUCCGUAAUAAGCCUGUUAUUAUUUUGCUACUUACACAAUAAGUUCAAAUACUGGGUAAUAUAAACAUGACAAUCUUACACUUUCAGUUUUUGAUAUCAGAAAUGUUUUUGUAUGACAGAAGCCAAAUAUUUCAGGAAAGUAACAAAAUUCACUGUAAGAGUUGACUAUCUCUUACUAAUCUAUAUAUCAUAAAGUAACAUGGCUCAUAUCUAAUCUGUUAAUGGUGAGACUGUGUGAUGGCCAGUCCAAGAUUUGAUGUAUUCAGUUAUUAGUAUAAUAUGUUCUAGAAAAAUUAUGGCUUUGGGUCUUAGCAACAACUCCAACCAUAGUGUCAUAUAAUUAAAAGAAAUGUACAUGACUUUUAUUAUGGUUGUUUAAUAGAAUUCAUAUAAAAAUAAAGAAGCAAAAAACAGAA